AUGAGCCUUCCUUUUUGCCCUGAAAGCCCACGUUACCUCUUCAUCAACAGGGGCAAAGAAAAAGAAGCAGAGGCGGCCCUGAGAAGACUUCGGGGAAAUCCAGAGAUGGUGAUGAAAGAAAUGGAGGAGAUGAGAGAGGAAGCAGCCCACAGUGAAACAGGAGUGACUGUGAGAGAAUUCCUCAGGAAGAGACGCUACAGGCGCAAUGCCAUUCUGAUAGUGAAUGCCUUAUCCAUGGUGGGUGCCUCUCUCAUGUUCAUGAGCAAAGUCACAGCGUCAUUUGAAGUGCUUAUUGUGGGUCGGCUGAUCUUUGGCUUGUUCUGCGGCCUGGUGAUGAGCCUGAACCCACUGUACAUCCAAGGUGUCUCGCCCACAAACCUCCGUGAUGCCUUUGCAACUCUGAACCAGGUCUCCUUCGCCUCAGGCAUUCUGCUGGGCAUGGUGGUGGGCUUGGAAACGGUGUUGGGCAUGGAGAAAUACUGGUCCCUGAUACUGGUCCAACGCUCCAGUAUAUGA